AUGGUGGUCAAGCUUCAAUCUGAUCAGCUCACUCAGCUGAAGGACAUCUUUGACAGGUUCGACAUGGACCGCGACGGUAGCCUAACCCAGUUGGAGAUGGCUGCCCUCCUCCGAUCCCUCGGCCUAAAACCUAGUGGUGAUCAAAUCCAUGUCCUCUUAGCCAACAUGGACUCUAAUGGCAAUGGCUCUAUCGAGUUCGAAGAGCUGGUCGAUGCCAUAUUGCCCGACCUGAAUGAAGAGGUUUUGAUCAACCAGGAGCAAUUAAUGGGCGUUUUCCGUUCAUUUGACCGUGAUGGAAAUGGUUACAUAACCGCAGCCGAACUCGCGGGACAAAUGGCGAAAAUGGGACACCCCUUAACCUAUAGGGAGCUAACUGAGAUGAUGCAAGAGGCUGAUACAAAUGGUGAUGGAGUCAUAAGUUUCAAUGAGUUUGCUAAUAUAAUGGGAAGAUCAGCUGCUGAUUUCUUAGGCCUAACCCUCUCCUAG